AUGGACAUGGCGUGGCUUGUUCUCGCCGCUGUCUUCAUCGCUGUACAUGGACAAAAUAAUAGAAAUGACGGCCCAAGGUUUCUGUCGAGAGGACACUCCUUCAGAACUGUAGUUGGAGACACGUUGCUGCUGCCAUGUCAAGUACAAAACUUGGGGUCUCUCGUACUUCUAUGGAGACGGGGGCCAGCAGUCCUGACAGCUGCAAGUCUGAUGGUCACAAGAGAUGAACGGUUUCGACUCGUCGAUGGAUACAACUUGCAGAUCACGGAUGUUGGACCACAGGACGCAGGCGACUACGUAUGCCAGAUUUCAGACCGAGUGGCGAGAGACCAGGUCCAUACUGUUGAGGUAUUAGUCCCUCCAAGCGUCAGGGCAUCUCCAGAGUCAAGACACGCAGCCGCCAGAAGAGGGGGCGCGGCAGUCCUGGAGUGCAGAGCAGCCGGGAACCCUGUGCCAACGGUCACCUGGCACAAAGUGGUGAUCCCAAUGUUUCAGAACGACACGAACAUUCGUCUGGGGGAGGGCCCACAGCUGCAACUGUCCAGGCUAGAGCGCGGGCAUAGUGGACGGUACGCCUGCACUGUGGACAACGGCGUGGGCACACCGCUUGUUGCAGAGUUUCAGUUGCAGGUCCUAUAUCCACCAGAAAUUACAGUUGAACGGUCUUGGGUACACACAGGAGAGGGUUUCAGAGCUGAGCUCCUGUGCACCGUCCUUGCAGAUCCUCCAGCAGAGGUAACAUGGUAUCAGAAUUCGUUUCCCUUAAGCGCAUCGGAGCGCAUCACCAUGUCAGCAAGGGGGAACAACCACACCCUUCUAAUAGCCAACGUGCAGCCUGAAGACUUCGGGAAUUACAGUUGCGUCGCUGAUAACAGCCUAGGCCGAGCUCGGCAACACGUCGAAGUAUCUGGCCGGCCGGGUCCUGCACGAUUCACAUCGCCCCCACUUGCAAAAUCUCACACUCGGUACACCCUGGCAUUCGCAGUGGACAGCUACCCUCCGCUAGAUGAACUCAGAUUGCUGUACCGGCAACUUGCGAUAAACGAGACAUUCCAACAGCCAGGUCGGUGGCAUGACGUGGUGAUACCAGCACCAGAGCCAGCCGGCUCCCUGACGCAUAAGGUGACGCACGAGCUUAAAGGCCUGGAGCCUGGAGCUGUUUAUGAAGCCAUCGUGCAGGCCAAAAACAGAUACGGGUGGAAUGAGGUCAGCGACAUAUUCCAGUUCCACACGUUGGGCGGCACUCACACCGCCCACGCAGACGAACUGACGCCAAUGUUCUCGUCGACGGCGCAACAGGAACUGACGAGUUCAGCCAUAGCUCUCGCCUUAUAUACCGUUCUAGCACAACUCAUUUAA